AUGGAGGUAUCAAGCUCAGCUUCCACUUCUCGACAAGCUCCUCGCCCCGCUCCAGCACCCAGCCACGACAACUCGAGAGACCGCGCACCCCCCACCAAGCGUCACCGCCGCCCAGACAUCGUUGCGCCAUCCUCACCAUCCAAACCGAAACCUCGCCUCCAGCAGCGCGCCGCAGGAUCAGCGCGACUUGUCGACAAGGAACAGGAAGCCCGGCGCGAAGCUUCCCUCCUCUCGUUUGCAGAAGCUCGUGCAAAGGCCUCCUCCAACUACUCUGCUGCCCAAGAUGACACCAACUUUCACUAUCCACCCGGUCAUCCUGGCGAUUCGAGUGCACGUGGGUUGCUAGAGCAGAUCAAGAACCGUAUGCAUCAGCGUGCACCUAAGCACAGUACCUUUCUCCAGAAAGCCAAGCAGGUGCAGCAGUCUUUGCUGGACAAGCAACAACGCCAUGCGCAACUGCAAAAGGCGAGAAAUGAGGCCGAGAAGCGAGAGAGCUUCAGAAGCGCCGGGUUCGCAGAUCAGCAUGCGGAACCUUCGCGAGCCUCUUCAAGUCAAUCACAGCCACAAAGCAAGGCUGCACCUGCCACGACACAGGGAGUAUUCUCUCGAGCCAAGGAGCGCGUUGAUGAUGCCGAAGACGAGGAAGAGAAUUCAGAAUUGGAAGAAGGAGUGGAUGAACUCGAGGCACGCCACAGCUCUUCACCGGGCAGUUGGAGCCGAGAUGAUGAUCUUGCAAUCGUCGAGAAUCUGCGACCUGGUCCUCGUGCCAUCCCUCCGAAUCCAGAGGACCCCAAAUGGGAAUCCAUGGAGCCUUUCUCCGGCCACCGAUUGCGCGAACGCAAGCUCCCGCAUUCGCAACUCAAAGAACACCUUCGUGGACGAUACCACCUCCCGCCGUCUGUCCUCUACUCGGUGGCACGUCCCAUGGAUGGCUGCAUACGUAGCGGUGAACGCCAAGUGCCCGUCGACGGUGAUUGGAUCGUUAUAGCGACGAUUGUCGAGAAGAGCGAGUUGCUCGUCACCAGAGGGUUUCGAACCGAUGCGCCUGGUUCGCAGCAGAAAGCGCCUUCUCGUCCCAACUCAACUUCUGCCAACGCCUUGGACGACGAUGCAGACCCACUGCUGUUUCGAAACGCAUCCUCCGACGCCAACGGCAAGCUGCGACUCGAUCUCGAACCAGGCAAUCCUGACGCCUUUGCCGAUCCUCGCAACACCACCAAGAGAGCCAACCGCAAUGCAACCACCAUCGACGACGAACACGAACGCAUGCGUCAACAGACCAACCUCUCGAAUCGAUCACGCAAAUUCGUCAUCCUCAAACUCGUCGAUCUCGGCGUCAACAGCUCCUCCACUGAUGGCUCAGGCUCAGCCGGGCGCGGAGACAACUACCUCUCGCUCAUCGCAUACGAAUCCGAUCCCAUCGACACCUCGAUCAUGCUACGCAACAACAACAUCCGCUCGGACUUGUCCGAGUCGCUCUCGGCGACUGCUUCGUCGAGCAAGAAAUGGAUCAAUGGGUCCAAGGGCGCAUUCGAGAUGCUCUACCAGCAGGCUGAGGGGACGGUGAUCGCGGUGAUGAACCCCAAGGUGAUGCUGCCCUGGGCGGAGGGUGGAGUUGGGUCGAAAGAGUCCAAGAUGCUGAGGCUCACUCCUAGGUCUGCGGAAGACUGCCUGGUUAUCGGCCAGGCUGCGGACUACAAGAGGUGUUCGGCGAUCAAGGCUAAUGGUCAGAGAUGUGGCAACUUUGUCGACAUCAAGUCGCGCAAGCAGACGAGGACCAGUACGUGUGAUUUCCAUCUCAGUCGACACAUGGAUGAGCUGGCGAGAGGCAGGCCGGAGUUCGCUGCCAAUUCCACAUCCAGGUUUGGCGGCGGGGCAGGCGGGGCCAAACCAGUAGCCGGUCACGCUAGCAGCUCUGCUUUCCCUGGCCGCAAAACGGGCACCGGCUACGAAGACUCGGCGAUCACCAAUAUCACCACCUCUUACAAGUCCAACAACACCAACAACCCGUUCGCGCGCGCCGCACUGGCGAAGAAACUCAACUCGUCCUACGGAAACGUCGCCGACGGCAUGGACAACAACGGCGGCGCGGUGUACGUUUCGCAGUCCCCGCUCGUUUCCACUGCCGCCGCCGCCGCUCUCGACGCAGACGCGCACGUGCGUUCCUCGGAUCCGAGCAGCUGGAAGUACGACGUGAGCGGGCGCUACGGGAGGGGGAAUACCGAGAAGCAGAGUCGGCUGAAACGGCAGAUCGAGGAGGAGCAGCUGAUGCGCAAGAUCGAGGCACGGUUCGCGCCGCCCUCUGCUUCCCCUGCAAGGACGCGGCGAGAGGGUGGAGAAGAGGCGGUAGAGGAGGGCAGGGAGAGGAGGGAGAGGAGGGACAAGGCGGAGGCAAAGGUCCUGCCCGUUCUGCCCAACGGGACGGCAGAGAUGAUCCAUGCUGCGUACAGCACUCUCGAUCAACGCAAACGGGUCGCUGCGGAGAAGCAGGCUGCCUUGGAUGCCAAACGACGCAAGUACACCGGUGUUGUCCCUGCCUCCUCCUCCUCCGCCACACCCUCGUCCGCUGCAGAAGCCUCCAAGCUGCAAUUCCUCAACCUCGGCCCGACCAAACGCACAUCGCUCUCGGCCAACCUCCUCCCCAUCACCGGUCUCCAGUCCAACACCCACACAGCCGAGCCCCGCAGUGGAGGCGAUUCCAGAAGCAAGCUCCUCUCCCUGGCCACGGGCGCGAGCUCGACGCCAAUCGCAACAGAACCCAGCUUGAAGAUCAAGCGCUGCCAUCGACCCAAGCUCAACCUACCGACGACCGAGACGAGCGAGUCCAACUUCAAGGUUGUAGGUGGCGAGUUGGUUCAUUUGAACGAUUUUGCCGAUGAUGGCUGGGAGGACGAUCUUGAGCAUGACCACAAUCGCCAGUCGCAGCAGGAUCAGCUCAAGGAACAAGAGGGACCGCAAUCGAGCCUCAGCGAACGCAUCAUUCAACUGCACUCGCAGAACAGCCAGAACCAAGACGAGGACGAUGAUUCUGAUCUCGAGAUCAUCUGA